ACCUUCAGAGACUAUAUGUUCACCAACGUAGUCAACUCCAAACCCGAAGAACCACAGGAAGCUGACUUCCGUAACAUUCUCCAGUCGCCUAUGCCUGAAUUUUUGAAUCACUCCAACUCGUCCAAGAAUCUCCAGGACCUUCUCAAUGAUGACGACUCGCUCUACAUGUUUUCUCAACAGAUGCCUACACACCUUGAAGAUGAAGCCAAUGCCUUGGUGAAGCCGGUAAGUCUCACUGACACCGACAAGAUUCUGCUAUACAAAACGUACCUCUACCAAGUGGCUCCAUGGCUCGACAUGUUCGAUACAGCCUCGAAGCAGUUUGGUACGACGGUGCCGUUGUUGGCUGCGAAAAGCGAUGCUUUGCUCAACUCCAUCUAUGCGAUAGCUUCUCGACAAACAGAGCAGACCACAAAGGACUAUCCUCCAGAAAUAGCCAUCAACUUGUAUGAGAACUCGUUGAAACUCUUGAUCCCCACCGUCAACAGAACCCUCGAUACGUCCAUUAUCACCACCUGUGUAAUUUUGUGCGUAUUUGAAAUGAUGUCGUCGUCUCCCAAAAAGUGGAGGUACCAUCUCGAAGGGUGUGCUGCGUUGUUCAAGAUGCAUGGAAUCAAUGGGUUUUGUGACGAACUUGAAAGAGGGUUGUUCUGGUGCUAUGCCAGGAUGGAUGUAAGCUCGGCCGUCAUAGGCGAGCAGUCUACCAUUAUUCCAUCUGAGUUAUGGCUACCUUAUAACUGUUCAGUGUAUGAGCUGAAAAAGGUUUUUAAUGAAUUUGGCAACAAGGAAGAUAUGUAUGCUAAUUAUAUGGUGUAUUUGUGUUCGAGAGUGUUGAACCUAAUAGCCAAUGCCAAAGAAGACUAUGAGAAGGACUGGGAGUUUCUUUGGGGGGAAAUCAGUGAUUGGUACGAGGAUAGACCGUUUGAGUUUAAACCACUUGUGUCUUUCAACAGCUCGCCGUUUCCUGGGAUUUUGUUUGUCAACGGGCCUGCUAUAUCGGCCAACCAAAUGUACCAUAUGGCCAUAAUCUUGUUGAUUCAGAACAAACCAAGACUCCAUAAACUCGUAUACCUGGACCACAUAAAGUCCCCUAUAUGGCACGCCAAACAAAUUUGUGCUAUAAGCUUGUAUAACGAACACCCUGGAUGCUGGAACAAUUCAUUGCAGCCACUCUGGAUUGCUGGACAAUUACUCAGCAGUGACCAAGAGCAUGAAGUGGUGCUAAACUUGCUCAGCAAGAUUGAAGCCACCACCGGCUGGCAAAUGAACUUCAGAGCAGAAGACUUGAAGAAACAUUGGAGACAAGAGGCUGCUAUAACGUAGUGAUAGAAAUUAGGUUUUGGUAUUUGAAUAAAUAAGCUAUAUUUUUUGAAAGUCUUCACUAACAAUAGAAGACUUUUCACACAUUUGUUUAAAGAUCCCGCCUUUGAUGUUAAACAAAUUCCAAGGAGUAUCAAACUCCUUGACUUCUCCUCUGUCAAGAACAAGAAUUUUAUCAUAGUUGAUAAUAGUCUUCAAUCUGUGGGCGAUACACAAAAUAGUGCAAUUGCUAAACUCCCGUGCAAUGGUUUGUUGGAUCUUUGAAUCAGUUUCAUAAUCGACCGAGGAUGUGGCUUCAUCCAAAAUCAAGAUCUUGGAGCCUCUGACUAAAGCCCUGGCAAAAGCUAUCAAUUGCCUCUCACCCAAGGAGAAGUUCACCCCAUCGUCCUCAACUACUUGAUCAAGGUGGAACUUGUGUAAGUCAGCACUGUUCUUAUCUUGUUUCUUGACCAUUUCCAACUUGUUCUCUUCGAUCAAACCGGCCCUUCUCAAUGCAUUCCACAUCUUCUCCGAAGUACUUUGUCCAAAUGGAUCCAAGUUUCUUCUGAUGGAACCUUUGAACAACACUGGAUCUUGAGGAAUAAUAGACAAUUUGGAUCUGAGAUCAUUCAAACCGAUAUUGGAAAUAUCCACUCCAUCAAUAAUAAUCUUUCCUUUCUCGAGCUCGGAAAGUCUAUAAAGAGCAGUCAUUAUAGAGGAUUUCCCAGCCCCAGUUCUUCCACAGAUACCGAUUUUUUCCUGGGACUUGACAUUGAAAUCCAAGUUCUUCAAUACCAUUGGCAACCCGGGUCUGUAGGCCAUAGAUACAUUGUCAAACAAAAUCUCCCCUUUCUGGGGCCAUUCUGGAGCUGGCUUUGUUUCUGCUAUGCGAUACGCUGCUUCUGUGUUUAGGUCGUAGGCGAAAUCACAAAGUCUUUCCACUGAGUUCAUACCGUUCUCCACUUGAGUGAAAUUUCUAAGGAGCAUAGAAAGCAUACCGGUGAUUUGUAAAGUAGAGGAUAACAACAAACCCGAAGCUGAAGCACUAAUACCAAAAGUUCCCGUCACACACAACAAGGCAAUCACCAAGUUGAAACAAGCAGCGACAAUCGAAAGAUAUACUGUCAACCAACGUUGGGCAGCAAUAUUCACCAAAUAUGGUUCGUUUGUCUUGUUGAGAUAAAAAGCAUUGGACUCCA